CUGUCUAUAGACAAAGGGUGAAGGAUAUAUCCGAGCAGCCGAACUGAGAGAUAUUGAGACUAAAGAAGCACGGCUAUAUAAUAAAUUGACAUCACAGGUCGACGUCUAAAUUAUGAAGAUCGCUUGAGGAGAAACAGAGGAGAGAAAACCACAGACUGCGGUCAAAGGACAGAAAAUCUGUGGGAAGCUCCAAUCACGUGAUUGACAAGUCCAUGCAAUUGGACAGGGGUUCACAGGCUCUCUUAGUUUGAACCUUCGCAAUGCAGAAAGCCACUUAUUAUGACAAUGCUGGACUUUUCGGAGGAUAUUCGUACCCUAAAUCGGACUCCUAUACAUACGGUCCUACACACCAGGGCUUCACAUCCUCCAGCAUAGAGAACGACUAUCAAAAUCCAAUCUGUACCAUCCAAACCACGUCAGUCCGGCCAUCAGCACAUAAAAAUGGAGACAUCAAUGGCAGUUGUAUGCGACCAAGUGCCAGCCAGGGCAACAGCCAACCAGAGAGUAUCAGUGAGCAGCAGCAGGCUGCUCCUUUAGCGGCCAGCUCACCCAGCCCUAACAGCAACUCCACACAAAAAAAGAAAUCUCCCAGCACCACUGGCUCCAGUACUGCCACCCCAGUCAUCACCAAGCAAAUCUUCCCUUGGAUGAAAGAGAGCCGCCAAAACGCAAAGCAGAAAAGCACCAACUGCCCAGCUGCAGGAGAAACCUGCGAUGACAAGAGUCCACCUGGCCCUGCCUCGAAACGAGUGCGCACUGCCUACACCAGCGCCCAGCUAGUUGAACUGGAGAAGGAGUUUCAUUUUAAUCGCUACCUGUGUCGCCCCAGAAGAGUGGAAAUGGCUAAUCUGCUCAACCUCACCGAGCGCCAAAUAAAGAUCUGGUUUCAAAACAGGAGGAUGAAGUACAAAAAAGAUCAGAAAUCUAAAGGCAUAAUGCACUCUCCCUUAGGACACUCUCCGGACAGAAGCCCGCCGUUAAGUGGCUCGAAUCACAUUGGAUAUUCUGGUCAGCUUCCAAACAUAAACAGCCUAAACUACGAUGCGCCAUCUCCUCCGUCAUUCGCCAAACCGCAACAGAAUAUGUACGGCUUGGCAGCCUACACGGCGCCACUGGGCGGCUGCAUACCGCAACAGAAAAGAUACCCAGGAACAGAGUACGACCACCACAGCAUGCAGGGGAACGGGAGCUUUGCGAAUGCCAAUUUACAAAGUAGCCCUGUUUACGUCGGGGGAAACUUCGUUGAUUCAAUGCCAGCUUCGGGUCCAAUGUUCAACCUCGGUCAUCUUCCCCAUCCCUCAUCCGCUAGUGUGGACUACAGCUGUGCCGCUCAGAUUCCGGGUAACCACCACCACGGACCGUGCGACCCCCACCCCACAUACACAGACCUCAGCUCUCACCACGCGUCUCAGGGAAGGCUGCAGGAUGCACCCAAACUCACGCAUCUGUAAGGAUCCCAUCAGUGUGCUUAAGCGAAACGUCGCUUUUGUAUUACCUCACUAGUUAAACUAAUUUAUAAAACUAC